AUGGCGGCGGUGCCACCACCAGGUGACGAUGAUAAGUGGGCUCCGGGAUUUGAGUUGCCCAUCCCGUCCGCAGAGGGAGCAGAUAAAAAAUAUGAAGAUAAAACCGUGCCCACGAAGAAAGCAGAGACCAUACGAGGUACGGCCACUGUCAAUCAACCUGGGCCAGACUUGGCUGAGAGACCUGAACAAGAAACCACGGCCGAAUACUUUGAAAGCUGGGCUGAGGCGGAGAGGAUGAUGAGAGCCGAUUUGGAAAAGGGGAAAUUCACAGCAGAGCAAGUCGAUGAGAUUAGGAGAUUGAUGGAGGCUGGUGCUAUAAAAAUGAAAUUGCCAUAUAAAAAAGCACCUGGAGAAAUGACAAUAGCGCAAUGGGAAGAGAAGGCCGCAAAGCUCGAGGAUGAACUCAAGAACAAGGGAGAAGAAGGCGACAAGUACGUGGCUCAAUUGAUGGCACUCCAAGACCAGUUAAGGAAGUCGGAGGUCGCAAAUCUGGAGAUGGAAACCCGCAAUGCAAAACUCGACAAGGAAAGGAAAGAGGCUAUGGCUAAAAUCGAUAAAGCCGCACAAGAAAAGCGCGACAAAAAGGAUCAAGAGAACAAAGAUAAGGAGGAUGCGAGGUGGAAAGCAGAAGCUGAAAAGCAUGCACAGGCCUUGCGUGAGAAAGACAAGAAAUUUCAAGCACUCAAAAAAGAAGUCGAUGCCUUGUCUAAACGCAUAGACACCGGACAAGAACAGCACGGCAAAAAGGAUCAAGAGGACAAAGCUAAGGAGGCUGAGAAGAGGAAAGCAGAAGCUGAAAAACAUGCAAAGGCUUUGCGUGAGAAAGAUGACAAAAUUCGGGUAUUUGAACGCAACCUCGAUGCCUUGUCUAAACGCGCAGAGGCCGAGAAAAAAGAAAGAGAAAAGGCUGCCGCCAAAGAAAAAGAAAAAGACAAGAGGGUCGAAAUUCUGCAAAUACAGGCUCUCGAAAAGGACGAGAAGAUCAAGAAGUUGGAGAAAGACUUGGAAGAAGAGAAACAUAAGAAUGACUUGGAAGAGGCCGGAUAUCACGGGGAUGAUGAACUUGAAGCCAUAAUCAAGCGUUUAGAACAUGAGAAAGAACAACUCAAGAGGGAAACUGCUAAAUUGAAAGAUGUGAUCAGCGGCUUCAAAAAGCAGGUUCGGGCAUUGGAGAGCUCACAAGCGAGAUUCCUAGAUGCUGCUAUAAAUGAAGAGCAGAGAGGAAAAGAGAGAGAUGAUCUGGAAGUUAAUGUUGUCGAGUUGAAACGACGGGUCGAGCAAUAUAUAGACGAAGAAAAAAUACAAAUCGAAAGAGAGCGCGUUUUGAAACUCGAUAGGCAAACUCUCGGUGCUCAAGUUGUUCGGAAACAAGAAGAAAUCACGCAAUUGAAUGAGGAACUCAAACAAUCUAAGGAGAGAAUCACUGCGUGUGAGAGUACUAUACACACCUUACAAAAAGCAGUCGACGACUCAUCUGGAACACUGGGCCGGGAAUUUGUAGUCUUGGAAGAGGAAAUCAAGAAACUAGGAAACAAAGUGAAAGAACGAGACGUCAGAAUUUCUCAACAGCAGACAGAAAUUGGAGCCCAGAAGACGAAGAUUGGAGAGCAGGCAUUGAAAAUUAGGAUUGGGACCCCGGGUGCAAGCCAUGGAGAAUUGGCUCUGCAGAACCAGGCCAUAUUUAAGGAGAAUACGGAGCUCAAGAAAAAGCUGGAAGACAUGGAAAAGAAUCAAGGUGCAGGGGACACAGAAGAACUCAGGAGGCAAUUAGAAGCUAGUCAAAGACAGCUAGAAGCUAGUCAAAAGGAAUACGCCGUUGUUCAAGAACGCGUAGAGAAGUUAUUGCAGGAGCUCGAAGAGGUCCGAAAGACAAAAUUCGGCGACGGAGCAAAUGCGAGCGAGAUUGAACGUCUAAAGCAAGAAGUUAAGAAGGCUGCUGAAGACAUUCAAAAGUUGACGCAUGAUACAAGGAAAGCUGUAGGUGAGAUCAAUCGACUGAAGAAAGAGAACGCGGCAGGUACCACAACGCUUCAAACUAUUACGAAAGAGUUGAGCAAAGCCACGAGUGAGAUCAGUCGCUUGAAUGAUGAGAAAGAGGAAGCUACUGAAAUGAUUCGUCAUCUGAAAGAGGAGAACGAAGCACACCAGUUCGAGAUCGGUCGUUUGAGGAGCCUGCGACCAAAAGUACAGGUUCAUGCAAGCCAGAAAGAAUUGGAGUAUAACAAAAUCAAGGUUGGUCAUUACCAAGAGAAGGAAUACCAAUGGCGAAUUGAAAAAGACGAACUCGAGGCUCAAGCUGAAGAGCAUGAGAGGCAAAUUCAGGAGUUAAUUACGAUAACGAAACAAAGUGAAGAUAUCGUCAGUGAAAUGACAGUGGAGCAGACGGAGCUUCAAAAAAUCGUGGAACAACUUAAGCUCGAACUGGCAGCAGCACCCGCGAAGCCAGUUGACGAUGCUGGGGGUGUGGGUGAAGCACCUGCCGAUGCUGCCGAACGUGAACGGGUUCAUGCUGAGAAGAUCAAAGAACUUACGGACCAGAAUAGCGCACUCUCCAAACAAGUCGAUGCGCUCAAGGGAGAAAUUGAGAAGAUACGAAAGGGCCUUACUGGAGCCCACACGGAUGCAGAAAAGGAAAAGAAUCAACUCAGCCAACAACAAGCACAAGCCAGUGCUCAGGCUAUUCAUAUGCUGAUGGGAUUCAUGAUUCUUCAACGAGCCUUGAAUGGUAAGGUCAAUGGUGAUAUGGAUAGAGUGUUGGCAGCAGUGGAUCAAGCUAGAGUUCAGGCUGAAGCAGUCGGUGAUGAGAAGUUGAUUGUAGAAGUAUCGUACUUGGCCGCUAUUGCUGUAUACUAUGAAGGUGAUACGCCUAAAGCUCUCGAAAGUUUCAAUGCCGUCAAGGAUUCCAAGGAUUGGGAUGAUGCGAGGAAAGAUCUCGUGAAAAAAUGGAUUGCACAAUGUGAGAAGGGGGCUGAUUGCCCAAAGGGAAGGAGCGGGUAUAGAGAAGCUCUAGGACUCGGACCUGUGCCACCAUCUUUCCGCGCUCCUCCGAAAGCUCCAAAAGAUGAUGAUGACGAAGAAGCAAAGAAAGCAAGGGAAGAGGCUAAGAAAGCAAGAAAGGAAGCAAAGAAGGCAAAGAAGGUAGCGAAGAGGGCGGCGAAAAAAUUCAAGACAGGGACGAAACCAAGAAGAGCUUCGGCGCCUAGAAGUCGUGGUAUACAUAGGCCCGAUUUAUACGUCGGUAUCUUAUCGCCGAGACAACAACAAAUUUGGGAUACUAUUGAUUUUAGUGAUUUCGAUUACAAUCACUUAACUCCCGAGCAGCAAUCUCUAUUCUCGUUUUUCCCAAUCGAUUCUGAGCCAGAAAGCCCUCGACGACCAGUAGUCCACCGAGGCGCCGGACCUUCCAGUGAGCGUCCACCUACACCAGCUCGCCGACCAGUAGCCCAUCGAGGCGCCGGACCUUCCAGUGAGCUUUCACCCCUGCCAACUCCCCGUGCACACUUCGGGCUCCCACCACUACCACCUAGUGGUUCUGAUUCUGGUGAAGGAGCACCACCACCACCUCCUCCUCCACCUCCCGGUCCUCCAAGGCCGCCAGGAAAGAACAAACCUCCAAGACCAGCUUCAAGUGCCGCUUCCUCUGCCGCCUCGGCUCAAGCUGCCCAAGGGGCUCAAGAAGAGCAACCCAGUCGCAUGAGUCGGCCUACCACAGAUGCAGCCCUGCAUAUCCAGUACCUUGUUGCUCAACUGGCUGAAAGUGGAAGACGUAUCAGAGAACUCGAACCUGCAGGCGCCACCGUAGAAACUUUGACAGGUCGAGUGCAAAGGAGAGAUAAACAGAUCGAAGACUUAAAACUUUUUUCUGAGCAGGUACUUGCUGAAAAUAUAGCGUUGAAAGGUGAUGCUCAGUAG